AUGACGGAAAUUCGGUCCUCGCAAGCUGCGGAACCUCAGCCGGUCCGACGAGUCAUCGGAACUACCAUCUGCGUCGAACGACCAUCCCGAGUCCCGCCCCCGUCCAAAUCAUCCGCGGAACAACCGUCCAUUAUUACCGAUGUGUCAGAAGCCACAGCGACCUUCCGCCAGGCCUUCCCAAGCCUUUACGGUGCCCGAACCCCCUCGAAUCGCUCCUCAUCGAGUUCCCUACAAGCCCUCAACGAAGGUAUCGUGGUCGAUGUCCGAUCGGAAAAUGGAAGCAUUGGAAGGACCACUCGACGAGCCUCGAGACACUCGGAUCAUCAAUUACCGGUUUACCCCGAUCAAUCCUAUGCCUCCCUCCAGUCUCAGGUGCAUCCCACCUGGCAUCCACCCUACCUCGCAGAACCAGACCCGCUACCCAGACACUCUUAUGCCCGUGGUAUCCGUACCGCGGGUAACACUCCGGUGUCGAGCCCAGGGCUCUUCUCUAUGAGACACUCUCGUGUGGGAACGCCCUCCGGGUCGGACGAUGACGUCUCGACGGGAAGCUCACUCCUCCAUCCAUCACAUCUUCAACCGCCGAAGGAGACACACACCGCUGAAGUGGAUCGGGACAUGGUUACGGGAAACAAAACCAUCAAUCAAUAUGAGAUCCUCGAAGAGCUUGGACGUGGUGAACAUGGCAAAGUGAAACUAGGUCAGCAUGUUGUAACUAAGCAGAAGGUCGCCAUCAAGAUUGUCCAGCGGUACUCCACUCGCCGUCGGUUAGGCAAGUUAGGCAACCCAGAAGACAAAGUGAAGAAGGAGGUGGCUAUUCUGAAGAAGGCACGGCAUCCAAACGUGGUCAGCCUGCUCGAAGUCAUCGACGAUCCGAAUCGACAAAAGGUGUACAUUGUGCUGGAGUAUGUUGAAAAUGGCGAGAUUGUCUGGCGCAAGAAGGGCCUACGAGAAAUUGUUCACGUCGACAAGCUACGCCUUGAGCGGGAAAAGAAUGGAAUCCCAGACACUCCUGCGUUUCUGGAAGAGAGCCACCAAUUCAUUCGAACUGCUCAGCAUCUGCGACGGCAACGGGAAAGGGCUCGUGAGCGGAUUGAAGCACAAGCUGCUGAUGCCCAGCAAGGGCCAAUCCCCGCCUGGAGUUUGGAGCACGGUGCGGAAUCUUCAGACGAGGAGGAUGACGAGUCUGGUCUUCCUAUCAGGAGAUCAUCUAGCCGGUCUAUUGCAGUAACAGAUGACUCAAGUCCAUCCUUCACCCAGGACCCGUCUCUAAGUGCCGUCGAGGGCAGCAUGUAUGGCGCCUAUUCAGAUUACCCCUUCGAACGUCGCUCCAGCACAGCCUCUAGUAGCUUUGGUUACGCCCCCUCUGAACCCGAGUGGUCUGCGGAGGGCGACGACAUGGCAUUCGUUCCUUGUUUGACUAUUGCUGAAGCCCGCAGCGCAUUCCGGGACUCGCCAGCCAAUUUGCUCGUCACCAGCACUCAUCGGGUGAAGAUCUCCGAUUUCGGUGUUUCCUACCUAGGACGCCCAAUGCGCGACGAGGAAGAAGAGCAGGUGGGCGAGACCGAUGCGACGGAAUUGGACGAUGCCCGUGAAUUGUCCAAGACUGUCGGUACCCCGGCUUUCUAUGCUCCCGAAUUAUGUUAUACAGGCGAUGACUUUGUGGAGACCAUUGGGUCGAUCCCUAAGAUCACUGGCGCGGUCGACGUUUGGUCGCUCGGUGUCACAUUGUACGGAAUGAUUUUUGGUCGCCUACCGUUUGUUUCGGAUGAUGGGUACAGCAUGUUCCAGACCAUCGUUAAGAAGGAAGUCUUUAUUCCACGGAAGCGCCUUGUGCCCGUGAUGGAUGAGGCGUCUGACUCAAAUCAGUGGAACCUGAGAAAUGACGAUGAGCUCGUCUAUGAGGACAUCGACGAUGAGCUAUACGACCUGCUCAGGCGCCUGUUGACCAAAGACCCGAUCAAAAGAAUCACCCUGAAAGAGAUCAAACACCACCCUUGGACACUCCAUGGUCUUCCCAACCCUCGAAUCUGGAUUGAGGAGACUGACCCUGGCUACCAAAGUAAGGGUAAGCGAAUCGAGGUCUCGAAUGAAGAAGUUACAAGCGCUGUCAGCAAAGUUCCCUUCAUUCAACGCGUUCGGUCCAAUGUCGCCAAAUGGUUCGGCAGUCGAUCGAAGGACAAGGAACCCCGCAAGCGCACAUCGAGCACAACACCGUCUACCGAGACCCUAUCGUCUGCCUCAAGCAACAACACAUUCGGGAAAACCUCCCGCGACAGCCGUCGGUCCAGUUUGCGAGGGGACGAGGAAUUUCUCCGGCCGCUCAAAAUUGGCAGUCAAGGACACCCACUAGCCCAGAGCGUUACUGCAAGCCCGGUGGAUGAAGGCGAUUGGGCAUCUUAUUUCGAUGCCGUGCAGCCAGCUGCAGCAAAGCUUGCUGCUGCGAACAAGGUCGCCACUCCACCUCCUGCCGUGACACCCCGACCUGGUCCUCCUCGUCGCGCAAAGUCCUCAAUGUCUACAGCAGAAUCCUCAAAGACGGUCAAGCCAUCUGGUUCCGAUGCCCCAUCGACUGGUCGGCCGUUUUCCAUCAUUGAAGCGCUAGGACCGACCAACUUCGGUAGUCUUUUCAGUGGAGCUAGUCGACGGGCAUCACGAGGCAGUCGAAGUCGGCGCACUUCUCCGUCUGGCGAUGCGCACCCCGGCCUGUGGCAUGAAGAGGAACAUCCUUCUGCCGAGCAAUUGGUCCCUAGUCAUGUCGGCCGGCGCAAGCGAUCUUCGCAACUCGAAGAUGCAUCACCUGCAGAAUCUCUCAACCUCACAAGGGAUGCACUCCUGCGCCGCAGACGGAGCGACAUCGAUGCGAAUGAAGGCGGUACUCUAAGAGUUGACUAUGCGAUGUACUCUACUGAAUCGCUCCUUCUGCCGCCCAUCACCCCACCUGCCAACCAGGGAUGUCCCGACAACACCAACAAUGGGUUAGCCACUUCCACCUCGGCCACUAUCUCUUCCUCUUCUGCCGACGACUUCACCAGCGGCAUGUCCCAGAGUGCCUCGCACCCCAGCAUUCCGUCCGUCGUCUCAAACGCAUCGUCUCUUUCCGGUGAUGGUUACUCGGCCAAGGGCAAUAACUUGGACGAAGUACCCUCAAUGCUCCGGACCGGAGAGACACUCAAACCCCUUCGUCCUACCUCGCUUCGGUCGUCCGAAGAGGACGAGUCGAGGUACUACUGCGAUGACGAGGACGAGGAUGAGUCGGAAGAUGAAGGCCUUGUGAUCGGGAAACGCAAGCCGCCUCCCAAGGCUGCUGCAUCGGAUAUUCCGUCGUAG